GGUCGUGUUACACAGAUACAUAAAAAGGGUUUACGCAUUUUUCUCUGGGCUGGUCAGCGUGCAGGGGUUAUCGCUACAGACAAGAUUCAGAGUCUCAAGGAAUGGCUUGCGCAGUUGUUGGACAAUGCCCGGUCGCCUCUCAAAAAUUCAAGGGCGAUUCCUCGGAGCUACUUGACAAGCUCGUCGAGGUCUGCAACAAUGUCAAGGUCGUCAGCAAAGCUAAAGUGGUCGAGAGGGAACUGCAGCCGUUCUGCUUUGACAACGCUCCUCCUCUUCCCAAGGCUGCAUUGCGCUCACCACCAAAAGGACGUUCGCCGCGCAGCUCGCCACCUAAACAGCAGAAAGCCGCAAGCGCUUGCUCACCAGGCGGACAUCGCAAGCUGCACCCAGCUUCCUGCACCUCUCCACCUCGCCGCGGUUCACUGGACGCCACUAUGAACCGCACGCGGAAGCAGGCUAUGGACAAGACUCAUUUUGUUUCUCUGGAGUCAGCGGAUGACCUUGUCCGCGUCCUUCGGGGAACCUCUAACAUGAUGCCGCAGCCUCCUGCCGCAUCUUCAGUUCGCGCGUGCCCGGGAUUUUUCUCAAGCCCGAGGCCUUGCGACAUUCCCAUGCCAACGAGUACCCUUCUAGUGAAGGCUACGCUAGUCAAGGCGUAAUAAGGUUACAAGAAGAUGAUAUGAAUGUUUCGAGGUGCCUUUGAGCACCAACAUACAACGACUCAGGUUUGGGGUGCAUGGCGGAAGCCGCGCCCUUGCUUGCCUUGCCUCGCUUCGACUCAUCGCCACAUGUUUUUUUUCAAGAAUGUUUUGGGAGACUGUUUCUCUACGUUGCUGCGGUAUCCCCAUGGACAAGCGGUCAACUGCCCGAGCCUUCAUGCGCUCGGAGCUCACAAAGAUAAGUGAGCCGGCAGGGCAAUGCCGGAGCAGCUUUAUGUUCGGUUGCGUUAACAGUAAGGGCUUGUUGUCAAGCCCUGCUUUCGUAUGCGGCAGCUGAAUGCAUUUGUCGUGUGGCAGUGGUGUAGUUGUGCAGCGGACAUCCGCAAGCCUUGUUGGCUAGUUUGUGCUGGAACGGAGGCCAGGUGAGAUGCUGUCGGUAGGCUGCGAUAAGGCCUUAUCGGCCUUCACAUCUCUGCUGGGCACCGUGGCUUGGUUUGGAUGCUUCUGUUCGUGUAUUGUGCGUUAGUAAAGGACGCUGUGCCGAGACUGUUUGUACAUAACUAUCAUCGUUUGACCACGUUUUACAGCAUCAGUUGUCUGUCGACGGUUUGAGUUGCCGGCAAAGCUGGUGCAUUUUUGCGAAAAAGUCGCCCAUGCAGGGUUUGGAAUGUGGUCCAAGGUCUCGUUGUUCGCGGGUUGUUUUCUGAGCUUUCUGCGACAGUCACUGCGAGCGUGCAAGUCGAACGUCUGCAUGUAUCACAGAGUAAGUCGCAGGUGGCUAUAGUAGCCCCUGCGACCUGAUUGUGAUGGAUCCUUGGCUCCGUUCUAACCUGCCAUUGAUGUGGCCGUGACGCAAAUUGAUUUUUUUCUUGAGCUCCUGCGGGUGACAGUUGCCUGUUUAGGAGCGAGCUCUCGAGAACAAAGAUAAGCUAGGGGGCUAGUCAUGACGGUCCUCGCUAGCGCCGGACGCGCUUGUGUGGUCAACUAGUUUUGACUAGGUGCCUAGGGUUGCCCAGUAGGCGACUGGUUUAACGCUUUCUCAGGACGCGCGUAUCUCAACUGACUGUUUUGGUUUUCCAACUACUAAACAGCUGCGAUUUGUGUGCUUGUUGUUCACCUAGCUACAAUGCUAUCUUCGUAACAGGUAGUUUCCAUUGCUGGUGAGUUCGCAGGGAAUGUUUGCUGUGAAGCUUGGUGCUGCGCUGAGGCGAGAGAAGUGUGUUCUGUGUGACGUCCAAUGCUCGUGAAGAUGCCUUGCCAUGUGUGUUGGCCCGCUUUUUUCAAGGGCCUGGCGUGGUGUUUUAGGGAGCAUUGGCUAUAGGUAAGAUUCAAAGUAGCCUAUGCUUAUUAUACCACUCUGUCUAGUGGAGAUGUGAGUGGCGUGCGCGCAGAUAGGGCGGGUAAAGUAGAUGUAUGUUUGUCGAGUCCAGAUUAUGGAGACAUGGUUUGG